AUGUCGCGUCGCAGUCCCCUGCCUGGCGCCGCCGUUCAGCUGGCGCUGCUGAUGGUGUUCAAGGCCGCCUGGGCCGAUGCCGUCGACGCGCCGGGCGCCACGACCGCUGCGGCGCUGCCGCGUUAUGUGGACCGCGUGCUGGACGAGGGGCCUCAGGACCCGCGGUCCCUGCGCACUACAGACGCAGGCGACACGUCGCCGGGCUGGCCCCGGGGUGUGCAGAUCGAACAAGCCUGGACCCGCGGCUCCUUCGUUCCUGCCGCAGCACAGCGGACCCUCUUCGGCUCGGGUCUCGCCUGGGGCACGGGCCAGGUCGUGAACGAUCUCCAGGGCGCGUACUGGCGCGGCAGCACCCAGUCCGCGCGCUGGAGCCUGGGCUGGAGCACCGAACUGAGCCGGCGCCCACAGGCCGGCUCGGCCACCGCCACCUAUGCCAGCGCGUUCGCGCAGUACCGCAUCGACACCCGCACGGUGGCCGGCUCCACCCUGACAUGGCGGCGAGGUCCGUUCCCCGCUGAAGGUCUGCAGUGGCGCUGGGACUCCACGACCGACUGGGGCCCGUCCAGCGUGCGCCUGGACACCUUGCGCACAGUCGAUUCGCGGGUCCUGUCCGUGAGCGCCGACCAAGGCGUUGCCCAGUGGGCCACGGGGGCGCUGUCCGCCUCGCUCGGCUGGCAGACGCAGACCUUCGCACGCAGCGUCGACCGGAGCGUCAACUGGGGCGUCAUGCUGACCGAGGCGCCGUCGGCCACCACCCAGGGGCAGAUCACGGCGGCGUUCAGCGCCACGGCGGCGCUGCGUGCCGAGGACUACAGCGAUUUCGGGCGCGCGACCGCGGUCAAGCUGUCGGGCCGUUAUGUCGUGAGCCCGGCGCUGGCGCUGCGUGGCACGCUGUCGACGGGUUUCCGCGCACCGUCGCUCGCGCAGCAGUACUUCGCCACCACGUCCACCAACCUGAUCAACGGCGCGCUGGUGGAGGCCGGCACCUUCACCGUGCCGUCGGCGGCCGCACAGGCGCUCGGCGCCCUGCCGCUGAAGGCCGAGACCUCCCGCAACCUGAGCCUGGGCGUGCAGUUGCAGCUCAGCCGCGACUGGCAGACGACGCUGGACGUCUACCAGAUCGACAUCAACCACCGCAUCCUGCUGUCCGCCAACCUCUCCCUGCCGACGGCGCUGCGCAACCAGCUUGCGGCGCAGGGCCUGAACGUCAGUACCGGCCGCUACUUCACCAACGCGCUGGACACGCGCACCCGCGGCGCCGACCUCGUCAGCACCUGGCGGCAGGACUGGGCGGCUGCCGGCCGCAGCGACUUCACGCUCGCCUACGGCUACACCGAGCAGACCGUGCGCCGCGUGGCCGACAACCCGGCCGUGCUCACAGCCAACAACCUCGUGCUCAUCGACCGCGUGACGCUCGCCCGCGCCACCGUGAGUGCGCCCAAGGACAAGCUGCUGCUGGCCGUGGAGCACCGCUUGGGUGCCUGGAGCGGGCGCCUGGCGGCCACCCGCUACGGCAGCUACGAGGUGCGUCAGGCGAGUGCCGUGAACGACCAGCUUUUUGCGCCGGCCUGGCUGGCCGACCUGUCGCUGGGCUGGGCUGCAGGCGCCUGGCGCGUGGACGCAGGCGUCGACAACCUCACCAACCGCUACCCGGACCGCGUCAUCGCCGCGAACGCUGUCGGGGGCAUCCUGACCUACAGCAGCUUCUCGCCGUUCGGCUUCAACGGCCGGCAGUACUACGCCAAGGUCGGCUACCGCUGGUGA